CUUUUCAGUUCCAGCCACCUGAAUAUUUAGGAGUGGGGCCUGGAAAUUUAAGAGCAAAUGGUGUUACCAGUGGUCGGCUACCUCCCUCUCUAAAGUAGUCUGAUUAUGGCUUCCAAAACACAUACUAUUUUGAGGGACAUCAGGCUUCUUAGAGUUGCAGAAGGUCCUGGGUCAUUUCCAGUUUUUGAGGUCCUAGCAUGAUUUAAAAAAUGUGGUAUGUUAAAACAAAGUUAUUAAAACUCUGGUUUAUUGACAGUUGGAUAAUGAACACAUUGUAUUUCUGUAACUCUAUAUAGGACCCCUUUUGGAGGUAAUGCAAUGUUCACCAUUGAAGUCUGUGCCCUGCCUGCCUCUGAUGAGUGCCACCAGAUCUGGAAGUUGUUGCCAGAAUGUUGGCUGCAGAACUUCCACUCCCAGCCAGGCAGCUGAGCAGAUCAAGGCAGCGGCACAGAAGAGCAUCCCAGAAGUUGGGCGUGAGCUGGCGGAGUUGGUGGAACAGCUCGUAGACAUUGUCAGGAGUCUUCAGAGUCAGAGGCACCUCCCCGAAUCCGGACCAGACAAUGAAGGGAGCACCCCGAGCAUGAGCAUGUCUUCUUCUGGUGGGGUGGACCUUUCCUUGGCUUCUUCAAAGCCAGUGACUUCCAACACACCCGAGAGAAAAAUGAGAGACAUUCUGCAUGACCUAGAAGAAAUCCAGAAGAAAUUACGGGAAAACUUCACGUGGAAGGAGGCCUUUGAAGAACAGCCGCAGGCAGAAGUCCAAGAAGCUCCCUAUUCCUCUUCAUGUCCGCUGCCUGACCAGAGCCACCCAGCCCCCAAGAGCACCUCCCGGUUUGCUCAGUGGGCCAUCAGUCCGACCUUCGACCUUCGCAGCCACUCCUGUAGCCUGGAGGUGUCCAAGGAUGGCCGGGCAGUGACUGUGUCUCGCCAUCCACAGACCCAUCUCGGGGGUCAUGAGAGGUUUGUGACCUGCCAGGCCUUAUGUUCCCAGGCCUUUUCUUCUGGGCAGCAGUACUGGGAAGUGGACACUCAGCAUUGCAGCCACUGGGCAGUUGGGGUGGCUUCCUGGGGGAUGAAACGGACCCAGAUCCUGGGAAGGACCCAGGACUCCUACUGUGUAGAGUGGAAGGGGACUAGCCAGCUCUCUGCAUGGCACAUGGUCAAGGAGACUGUCCUUGGCUCUGACAGACCGAAGGUGGUGGGCAUCUGGCUGGACCUGCAGGAGGGGAACCUUGCCUUCUAUUCAGUGGCUGAUCAGGAGACGCUUCUGUAUGAGUGCCCAGUCUCAGCCUCCUCUCCUCUGCACCCUGCCUUCUGGCUCUAUGGCUUAAAUCCUGGAAACUCUCUGACUAUAAGGCCGAUAAGGGUGUAAAGUUUCCCUGGGUGUCAGAAACCCAGUGGUUUCCUGUCCUUUCCCUCUGCUUUCAAGCCGGUGGUACCUCGACAAGAGUCCCACUUCCAGAGUUAAUGGGUGCGCUGUAAAGGGCUAACUGCAGGCUUCGGGUGGGCAGACUGCACAUUCCCAAGAGAGCGUGGGCCCUUGACUAGUUCUUGGGAGGCAACCCCUAAGCCCUUGGGGUAUCCUGCCUGAUAAGAGUGUUUGUUUCCCGAGGGUCUUGGGCCAGGAGGUAUCAGCUUGACCUCUGGAGGGACUGGAGACUAAGGCCUGCCCAUGUGGCCGACCCCCAGGAAAAGCCUGGGCACCAGACCUUGGGGGAGCUUCCCUGGUUGGCAGUCUCCUUGUACAUUGUCACACAUUGUCGCUAGGAGAAUUAAUACUGUUCUUGUGACUCCAUGGGGAAGGAGAGUUGGUGUCUCUUUGGCCUGUGUCCCAUGUGCCUUUUUCUCCUGCAGAUUUUAAUCUAUCGUUUCACUGUAAUAAAUUGUAACCAAGACUACAA